AUGGAUGUCAAAAAUGUCUUCUUUAAUGGUGAUCUUUUUGAGGAAGUCUACAUGCAACCUCUCCCUGGGUCUGCUUAUCCGACUCAUAAGCACCACUCUUCUUCUUCUGUGGAUGAUGUGAUUAUCACCGGUGCUGACGUGGCUAGUAUUCUUAGCCUCAAAAAAAUUUUCAAUCGUCAGUUUGAGAUGAAAGACCUUGAUACUCUCAAUUAUUUCUUAGGGUUUGAAAUCUCUCACAAUUCCACUGAUGGGGAUCUUCUCUCUGAUGCUAUUCGUCAUCGCCAGCUGGUCGGUAGUCUUAUCUAUCUCGCUGUGACUCGUCCUGACAUUGCCUAUGCUAACUAUCUUGUUAGUCAGUACAUGUCGGCUCCCCACACCCCACAUUACACUGCUCUACUUCGCAUACUUUGCUACCUCAAAGGCACUAUGUUCCAUGGACUCCACUAUUCUGCUCACUUUUCUAUCGAGCUUCGUGCAUUUUCUGAUGCUGAUUGGGCUGGGAAUCCUACUGAUCGACGCUCCACCACGGGUUUCUGUUUUUUCUUAGGAGAUUCUCUUCUUACUUGGCGCAACAAGAAACAGCCCCUCACUACUCGCUCUAGUACUGAAGCUGAAUACUGCGCUCUUACUGACACUACUUAG